UUACGUAAUUGUACGUCACGCUUUUCUGAAGAGUACACAAGCUGUUAAAAGGAAGUGCGUUGCAGAAGAUAGAGAAACAAUGGAAGAAACUGCAAACUCUGAAUUGAGGGGUGUUAUGCCAGAAGAAUUAAUGACCAGAUCACCUACAGAAAUGAACAGUGAAUUUAAAAUGUCUACAUCUGCUGAUGGCAGUAGUUGUGUUCUAGUCAGUUUGCCAGCUGAGGAGGAUCCACCACCAGUGAAUCAAAGCACUAAACCACUGGAGCAAACAUCAGAUAAAGAUGAGCUCCCAGCCAUUGUGAGCAUUACAAAUGACCUUAAGUCGAAGGAGAACGGACAGACAUGUGAUUCUGUGACUGCUGUACAAGUGCCUGAAACCUCUCCUGAGUGGCCAGAAAGCUUGCAGGGGGAUGUGGACUGUAGUUUGUAUGAGAGUGAUCCUGAAGAAUACAACUACCUAAUGGAAGAUGAAACUUUGGACCAGGAGUUAGAGAUCAGGUGUGGUGAAAUGAACCAGUGCUCAGUUGACCCUGCAUGGAAUGUGGAUACCCAGUAUCAGUCGAAUGAUACUUGUGUGGAACUGAAGAACCUGUCACCAAAUAAGACACCGGUUGAUUAUCCAGGUUGGAUAACAGAUGACUGUAUUUCAAGGUUGGCUGAUAGGUAUGAGAUGAAAGAAUGCCAGCCUGCCAAGAAAGGAUGGUGUGCAGACGACUGUGCUGUAGAAGAGGAGAAUAUAUAUCAAGCAGAAAUAUGUACAGCUGAUGAGAUCCCAAACACUCCACUGGUUGUUCCAUUUCAGACUGUUGCUGUGCAGACUGAUCCUGCAACUGCCGAUAAAGAAGUCAGUGUGGACCAGGAUAUUGUAAAGCACAUGGAGAAGGUGAUGUCAGAGAGGACUGUGCUAAAGGAACAGUAUCAAGAGUUGCUGGAUAAACAGGCACAAUUGGAGAACCAAAUUCAAGUCGAAGUGAAACAGCUUCAGCAAAAAGUAGAAGAGGAGGUACAGUCCUACAAGGAGACAAUGAAGCAGCUAAUAGAGCUAAAGCAGAAACGUGAUGACAUGAAGAAGAAGAGCGAGAAGGAUAAACAUGAAUUUGCACAGAAGGAGCGGGAUCUUAAAGUGGAGAUAGAAAAACUGUAUGAAAAAAGUAAAAGGUUGAUGAAGGAUCAAGAGAAUAAGGAAAAUAACUUGGCCUCACUGAUUGCAGAGCAGAAUGAAGAAAAAGAAAUGUGGGAUGCUGAGCUUGCAGAGAUGAAGAAAGAUGAUGAUGAUCUCAGGAGUAAAAUUCUGGAAGAGACAGAAAGGGCAAUGAAGGCUGAGGUGAGCUCCCUAGAGAUUUCUCGGGAAUUGGCUUCCAUGACGUUUGCUGAAGUAGUUCACAAGGCUGAGCAGCAUGUUGGCACUCUUCAAAUCUAUUCCCGCCACCCAGAAAUGAGACAGAAGAGAAAAGAAUGGGAGAGAUACCUUGUAAACAUCCGUAGAAAUGAGGAAAAUUUACUGGCUCAGUACAACAGCCACAUUCAGUUGGUGAAAAAUGGAGCUAAACUAAGCAGCCUUCCUGAAAUCCCUUCUCCCAUCCUGCCACCAGCCCCAGCUGAGGACUUUUCAGCAUACUCAGACAUACUUCCUGUCGCUUCAGUACCCACAUUCCCUGGAACAAGCUCUCUGGAUCCAUCUCCUGGAAUGUCUUCAUACAUCCCUCCUGCAUCCCUUUCUGGUAGUUUACCCCAUUCACCGCCUUCUGCUACUAAUCCAAUCUCAGCCUCUCACAAGAUACCAGUACCUGUCAGAAGCCCUCCAGGCUUUGAAGGUGUGCAAGAAGUGCCAAGCUCAUGUCCUGCUUCUAAGCUGGAUAAACUGUUGAAAAAGCUGCAAGAUAAGUUUCCACAUAGCAGCAGGACUCAGCUGACCAGCGUCCUGCAGCAAAUUAAAACAGCUCGGGGAACAAUGGCAGGGCUUUCCAUGGAUGAACUGAUCCAGCAGGUGACCAUAAAGCUGUUAUCACAGCCUGAACAGACUGCUGUGGAGCCCAAGAUUUCAUCUUUCCCCAGAACUCUUCGGUUUCCUACAGCUGUAUCACAGAGUAACCCUUCUGUAUCACGGCCUUAUGGAAGUAAUGCUGUAAUGGGGCAUCAUCCAGAGAGACCUUCAGUGGGUCCACUGGGCUGUAAACUGUGCCUUGUGUGUCAGCAAGUUGUACAACCAAAUGACCUACAUAAUAUGGCUUGUUCCCAUGUGGUACAUAAAGAGUGUAUAAAAUUCUGGGCUCAGGCAAAUAGGAACAGCGUCUGCCCCUUUUGCAUAUGCUCAAAGUGACUUUCAUAAGAGUGAAAAGAGAGCGAACCCAUCAUUGAGUGGACUUCACUGCACUGAAGAAAGAAUACAAAAAUACAGUGUGGCAAUUUAAACAUCUGUUUUUAGUACAGAUUGUGGAUGAAACUGAGAUGGAUUGUGACUUACAGAAAGUAUUGCUUUUGUAGCAGUUCAGCAGGCAGAGCAUGACUCAGAGAUGAAUAUGGAACGACUAAACAAAUGUCUAAAUGGAGACUGAGACUGUCAGACAAAGUUUAUAGGUGCAUGUUAGCAACUUUUGCUUAUCUUACCCUUCCAGCUGUGUCACAGCAGAUUACAUGUGAAACACAUAUUGUACAGUGUGAUAGUCUCGUUUGAGCUCUGGGUCUAAAAACCUGGAGAAGUGCAUUUCAUUCUCAUAAUUGACCGUUUCAGUUUGUGAUCUGGAUUAUUACACUUUAUUUUCUGGUGAAAGUUUUUUUUCCUGUUAUUAGUUGUUUUAUGUUAAACUUUCUGUUAGCUGCUUUUUGAUGUGUAUGUGAAAUGUGUAAUUUAAGAUUUGAUUCCUUUUUUUUUAAAACACAGAAAAGUUGAGUAUGUAUUUUUUUCUUCUGUACAAGUAUUUUGAGGAGACAUCACUGCCCCAUACUCUAUAAGACUGUUGUAAGUCUCAAGUAUCACUUGCUGCAUUAAGAAAACGAAGACCACCAAGGGUCCACCUUCAUUUUUAUGACAAUUUGGUUUAGCAUUCCAGAAGCUGUGGCCAAGUCUUUUAGGUGCAGCAAGGGAAGAUCCAUGUAAAUAGUGUAAUUUAAAUGUUUGUUCGGAUUUCAUUCGUUUGGAGUAAAACUGGUUGAAAUGUAA